UCUAUCGGCGUGUGUUGAGGGGACGGGUAGUUGGAGUAAGGAGUCGCCGGGCGGUAGUGCAUCUCAAACGCUUUUUGGGAAAGAAACGCCGCUGAAAAUUGCACCACAGACUGAAGAAACGACCCCCGGUGACGACUUCUGUGAAAUUAUUCAACGCAACGACUGCGCCACACGCACAAACAUCAAACGCAGCCAGGCUAUCAAAUGCUAGCCAGCUAGCAUCCCAGAAAACUGAGGGGAUCAAGGUGUUGAUAGCUAGCCUCCCAGCUAAUUAUCCAUUAGCUAGCAUCCUCCUGCCGUAGCAUCAUUAGCUCGCUUUUCCUCGUCGCGCACGUCGAGACCUCAUCAGUGCUCGUGGUGGUGCCUUUCACUUGGCGAGCACCAGAUCUCACAUUCAGACAAAAACAGACAACGGAGCUUCCUAACUGGCUGCUGCUGGAGAGAAGAGCGUCUGCGUUGCAUUAGUUGACACCAUCACACCCAUCUCCCCAACCCCUUCACCUCUGCCCCUCUCCCUCCACCCGAAACACUGGAAAUCCACAAGCGGCCGGAUAGCGGCGACGGGCCGGCGAAGCUGGGGGUGGUAACGUUACCGGACUCGCAGGGAGUCAUAACGGCUACAGACAAGCACAGCCGUGGGGAUCUAACGACAAGUAUGGACGGACUGGCCGUGGAAGUUCGCGGCUCAAAUGGGGCCUUCUACAAGGGUUACAUCAAAGAUGUCCAUGAAGACUCACUCACAAUUGUAUUUGAAAAUAACUGGCAGCCAGAGAGACAGUUGCCCUUCAGUGACGUACGGUUGCCUCCUCCAGCCGACUACCACAAGGAAAUUGGUGAAGGAGAGGAGGUGGAGGUUUACUCCAGGGCCAACGAACAGGAGCCAUGUGGCUGGUGGCUGGCACGAGUCAGAAUGAUGAAGGGAGAGUUCUACGUGAUUGAAUACGCAGCAUGCGACGCCACAUACAAUGAGAUUGUCACAUCAGAGCGCAUCAGGCCCCUCAACCCCAACAGUCCUUCCUCUCGGAACUCCUUCCACAAAGUCCCCAUCCCUGUCCCAGAAGACCUGAGGGACAUCUGUGCAAAUGACAACAUUCACAAAGACUUCAGGAAAGCUAUCGGAGCCAACUGCAUCUUCUACAGUGCCCAAACACACGAACUCAUUGUGCUGUCUACAAAUGAAACCACAGUAAAGCGUGCAACUCUUCUGAGUGACAUGCAUUUUCGCAGCAUCCGUACCAAGCUUAUGCUAAUGUCCCGCAACGAAGAAGCCACCAAACAUUUGGAGACAAGUAAGCAGUUAGCGUCAGCCUACCAGGAGGAGGUGAGGGUCAGGGAGGACCUGAUGGGCCUUGCCAUCGGCUCCCACGGUGCCAAUAUCCAGCAGGCAAGGAAGGUGCCUGGUGUCACAGCUAUUGAGCUGGAGGAGGAAAGCUGCACAUUCAGGAUCUACGGAGAGACCCCAGAGGCAGUGAAGCAGGCUAGAGAGUAUCUUGAGUUCAAAGAAGACUACUUUCAGGUACCCAGGAACCUUGUAGGAAAAGUCAUCGGCAAGAACGGCAAAGUCAUCCAGGAGAUUGUGGACAAGUCGGGCGUGGUCCGUGUCAGGAUCGAGGGGGACAACGACAAAAAGCUUCCCCGGGAGGAGGUAGGCAGGCAGGGGGCUGGCAGGGACGACACUGCCAGCAGCAAAGAGGGCAUGGUUCCCUUCGUGUUUGUGGGAACCAAAGAGAACAUCAGCAACGCUCAGGCUCUGCUGGAAUACCAUGUGUCCUAUCUCCAGGAAGUGGAGCAGCUGCGCCUAGAGCGUCUCCAGAUUGACGAGCAGCUCCGUCAGAUCGGAGUUGGCUACCGUGCACCCCCCAGUCGAACUGGGGGCCCAGGUGUCGACCGGGAGAAAGGCUACUUGACAGAUGAGAGCAGCAACUCGCUCCACACCUCUCGCACCUAUGGAGGCCGUGGCAGAGGACGCAGGGCCUCCAACAGCCAGUACUCUGGAUAUGGCACAAACUCUGAACUGUCCAAUGCUUCUGAGUCGGAGGACGUUAUUGAGCGAGACCAGCGGCCCCGUGGUAUAGGCGGAGAGGAGAGAGGCUCCCGACGGGGCGGCAGGGGCCGAGGCUCCAACUCAGGACGAGGCCGUGGAGGAGCAGGGUCCAAGCCUUCCAACUCAAUCAGCUCAGUGCUGAGGGACCCAGACAGUAACCCAUACUCCCUGCUGGAGGGUGAAGGAGAGCUAGCUGACACAGACAUCAGUGAAGGCAUGGGAGGCGACCGCCGCAGACGCUCCCGCCGCCGCCGCAAUGACCAGGAACCCAGCGUAAUGGACGCUGCUGCAGAGUCGGACAGCCAGGCCGGCCCCAGUGAGAAUGGACUGGAUGAAGAGGCCCGACCUCAGCGCCGCAACCGAAGCCGCCGCCGCCGUAACCGUGGCAACCGCCCAGAGGGAGGUUCAGCCAGCCGUGACAGACAGCCAGGUGAAAGUGUGACUGUUGCUGACUACAUAUCCCGGGCUGACUCCCAGAGCAGACAGAACCUGCCCCAGAAGGAAAACCACGCUGUCCCUGAGCCCAAGGAGAACGGGACCAGCGCCAAGAAGGAUGAGCGAACACCCUCCAAUCGGUCCCCCAGCAAAGGUGUGACCUCGGCCAGCGAGACCCUGACCUUGGUCAACGGGGUCUCGUAAAGAGAUGGCCCUGCGCCUGGUGAACCCAAGUCUAGAGCAAGACUCCAUGGCAAACUCUGUCCCUGCUUGCAUUAACUUAAACCUUAAACAGAUGAGUGAAAAGUACCUGACAAAACCUGAAUUCAUACUAUGAGAGUGAAAAAGUACAAAAAAACGACAAACGCAUCUACUUAAAAACACACGUUAACGGUGUAUGCUAUCCUAUCUAUCAGUACGUAGUGCUUAUUUAAAAAAAAAAACAACUAGCUUGCCAAAAAAGAGCUGGUGGAUAUGACUUGAUUUUUAAAAA